UUUCUCGUGCAUCGCCAGUGAUUUCGGCCAUAUUGAUUUUUCUCCCGCAGGCAGCAGCCGCCAGAAGCCGUCGCCAUGCCUCGUAAAAUUGAAGAGAUCAAAGACUUCCUGUUGACUGCCAGGAGAAAAGAUGCAAAAACUGUCAAGAUUAAAAAAAACAAGGAUAAUGUGAAAUUCAAGGUUCGAUGCAGCCGGUAUCUGUAUACGCUCGUCAUCACAGACAAGGAAAAGGCUGAAAAAUUGAAGCAGUCUCUGCCACCAGGUUUGGCCGUGAAGGAACUGAAGUGAAUCUCUGUCACGCCUGCAGUUUAGCCCAUGGAUUAUAAU